UUAAGAUGGCGGAAUUGGAAGCUCAGAAUUCGUCACAAAUUCUAGUUGGUAUGAUCGUCGCAAUCCUUCUGUUCUUGGUGUUUCUUGCCAAGGUGUGGAAUAAAAGCAGGGAAGUGAGGAGUACUGGGAAGAGAUUUCCUCCAGGAGGGAAUGGUUGGCCAAUCAUUGGCGACAGUUUCAACUGGUACAAGGCUGUCGCCAGUUCUCAUCCACCCCGUUUCGUGGAACAGCAGGUUCAGAGGUACGGAAAGAUAUUCUCGUGCAGGAUACAUGGGAAGCGGGCGGUGGUGUCUGCGGAGGCAGGGUUCAACAGAUUCGUUUUGCAAAACGAGGGGCGGUUAUUCCGGUCGAGCUACCCCAAAUCCUUCAGAGAUUUGGUUGGGAAGAACGGGGUGAUCACCGUGCACGGGGAGAAGCAGAGGAAGCUCCACUCCAUCGCCUCUAAUAUGAUGCCUUUGGAGAAGCUAAGGUUCCAUUUCUUGCACGACACUCAGACUGUCAUUCGCCGGACGUUGCACGGUCUGCAGGAUGCUCAGGUUGUUCCUCUCCAGGAUGUCUGCAGAAAGGUGGCGAUUAAGCUGAUGGUGAACCAAUUGCUAGGGGAGUCCAGCGAGUCAGAGGUGGAUGAGAUGGCAAAGCUAUUCUCCGAUUUCGCCGAUGGCUGCCUCUCUCUUCCCAUUCAUUUUCCAGGCUUUGCUUACCACACUGCUAUGAAGGCAAGGGAGAGUAUUAUUGAAAAGAUCAACAAGACAAUUGAAAGUCACCGAAAACAAGUUUCUCAAGGAAUCGGAAGCGGUUUGCUCCGUAGACUGAUGGAGGAACAAAGCAUUCCUGACGAUGGUCUCGCCGACUUCAUCCUCAACCUUCUUUUCGCCGGAAACGAGACUACAGCCAAGACAAUGGCCUUCGCUGUUUUCUUCCUCACUCAUUGUUCCACGGCCAUGAAGCAAUUGCUGGAUGAGCAUGAGAGCCUGCUGAGGACUAAAAGUGGCUUUUGUGAUGACAUGAUCACAUGGGAAGAUUAUAAAGCUAUGCACUGGACACAAUGUGUGAUAGAUGAAACCCUUAGAAUUGGAGGGAUAGCAAUUUGCCUGAUGAGAGAAGCCACGGUUGACAUUCAAUACCAAGAUUAUAUUAUUCCAAAAGGAUGCUUUGUGGUUCCAUUCCUCUCAGCAGUCCAUUUGAAUGACGACAUAUACCCUGAACCUCUCACUUUCAACCCUUGGAGAUGGAUGGUUCCUGAGAAUCAGGAUAUGAGAAAUUGGAAAAAUAGUCAAUAUUUUAUGCCCUUUGGGGGUGGGGCCCGCUUUUGUCCCGGUGCUGAGUUGGCUCGCCUUCAAGUUGCCAUCUUUCUCCAUUACUUCGUUACCACUUACAAGUGGGAGCAAGUGAAGGAAGACCGCAUGUCUUUCUUUCCAUCAGCAAGAUUGGUGAAUGGUUUUGAAGUUCAAUUAACUAGAAUUUGAAUGGUAUAUCUACAUAUUCAAC